AUGUACAGAUAUUUUGCUAGCCAAUCAAAAUCCUACUCUCUCCCUCGUGCCAUUGGUCGUGUGAUAAGAUUGGCUCAGCCCACUAACAUACGGAUACCACCGAUAGACAAGAGGCACAACGAGCGUUUUUAUUUGAUGUAAACAUGGUUUCAAUGAUUACUAAGACAUCUCACCUACGUUGUAUCCUAAGAACAGGAACAUGUUUAACUUUGAAUUGGACAAAGACAUCAUUUGGAUCAGAAAGAAGGUAGUUAGCUGUAUGGUGUACCUCUCUUCUAAUGCUACAAUAUUGUAUCUUGUUUGGUAACUAGCUAGCUAGCUUUGACACCACUGUCAGCACACAGCUAGUUAGCUACACAUUGUAGUCACACAGGUAGUGCAGUAUAGAGAAUGGGAUCAAUAAGAAUGAUUGUAACUAGAUGACAGCUAGCUAUGCUAUCCAAUAAUGUUGUCUGCACUGAUAGAGCUAGCCGAAAGAUUUUUAUUAUCUUUUUCUCCUGGAAAGGUAUGCCUCCAAAAGUGAGGGAGACAGCAGGACGCCCAAAAUAUACACUAAAACUGGCGAUAAAGGUACAUAUGCAAGCAAGUCAUUGCACAUCGUAUGGUCAUUUCAACAAAGAAUGCUUUGCUCAUCUUCUUGUCAUUGCCAAAGGUUUCUCUAGCACUUACACUGGAGAGAGAAGACCCAAGGAAGAUCAUGUGUUUGAAGCAUUGGGAACAACAGAUGAGCUGUCAUCAGCAAUAGGGUAAUGUGAUGUCCAUUCCUUCUAUUGGGUAUUUUGCUUUGUUCCCCCUGAGUGAAUGUAUUCACUGUCUUGUGUUGUCUUCUACAGCUUGGCCAGAGAGUUUUGCAUCGACAAAGGCCAUACAUUCACAGAUCAGCUGGACAAGGUCUGAGUUUGAACUUAUUCAGUUAAUCUGGGUUGAGUAAUGAUGAACUUGUUAUUUUUACUCAAUGCUUACCUGCCUAACCCUACAGAUUCAGUGUGUCUUACAAGAUGUGGGUUCCAACAUUGCCACACCUCGAUCAUCUGCAAGAGAAAGUCAUAUAAGUAAAUAUAUUUCUGCAAAUCAUUUUGUAGAAUCAUUACACCCAGCUCACCCCAGCCAGUGGCCUUCACAUUCUAUUCAUACUCUCUCUUAUCUCACUCUUUCCAACAGAGAAAACCAAGUUCAGUUCCCAGCCAGUGAUAGACCUGGAAAGCUGGAUCGACGCAUUCACAGAGGAGCUGCCACCACUGACAAAUUUUAUAUUACCUGUAAGCACCCACACUGGAUGAAACUUUUCUGCUUCUCAGAACUUUAAUUUAUAAUGUGAUGUGGAGUUGUGUGGAAGUAUUGAUGAUAUGUUUACAGGUUCAAAUUACAAAUAGUCUUACCAUACUUCAAGGUAACACAUCAGAUGAGGUAUUGCAUAUGUUAAUCCAUGUUUAAAGCAACUCAAUACAUGUGUAUGGACAUUUACUAUGCAGUGAUGUUAGUUAUCAGGUCCCUUUGUGGGUGAAUACAUCUAUGCAUAUUGGUUUGAUGUGCUCCAUAUUUUUUACUUAUCUCUGUCUGGUUACAGUCUGGAGGAAAGAGCAGUGCGGCCCUCCACAUAGCACGGGCCGUGUGUCGCCGAGCAGAACGCAGGUCAGUUUGAGCUAAUCAUACGGUUGUUCAGACAACACUGUCCUAGAAACAGCCAUAUUAACUAUAACACCAGUCUUAUUUGUUCAGCGUUUCCCCUAUAGUGCGGUCAGGUGAGGCCGAUCCUGAUGUUGCCACAUUUUUGAACAGGUAUGUUCCUGGUAUAAAUGUGCAGAUGCAUCAUCAUGUGUUUUAGAAAGUGGUGUGCUCUAGCUGAUCAACAUUCACCUCACGUCUGCCCACAGAUUGAGCGACUACCUGUUUACAGUGGCCAGGUACACAGCCAUGAAAGAAGGUAACAAGGAGACAAUCUACAAAAGACCUGAGUGA